AUGGCUGAUCUACAGGGCCGCAAGAUCUUCAAGGUCUUUAACCAGGACUUCAUCGUCGAUGAGAGAUAUACCGUGACGAAGGAACUGGGACAAGGUGCCUAUGGUAUUGUCUGCGCGGCAGUGAAUAACCAGACAAACGAGGGAAUCGCCAUCAAGAAGGUCACCAAUGUCUUCAGCAAGAAGAUCCUGGCCAAGCGCGCCCUGCGCGAGAUCAAGCUCCUGCAGCACUUCAGGGGCCACCGCAACAUCACCUGCCUCUACGACAUGGACAUCCCCAGACCAGACAAUUUUAACGAGACAUAUCUCUACGAGGAGCUGAUGGAGUGCGACCUGGCGGCUAUCAUCCGGUCGGGCCAGCCGCUCACCGACGCCCACUUCCAGUCCUUCAUCUACCAGAUCCUGUGCGGGCUCAAGUACAUCCACUCGGCGAACGUGCUGCACCGCGACCUCAAGCCGGGCAACCUGCUGGUCAACGCCGACUGCGAGCUCAAGAUCUGCGAUUUCGGCCUCGCCCGCGGCUUCUCGAUCGACCCGGAGGAGAAUGCCGGCUACAUGACCGAGUAUGUCGCGACGAGAUGGUACCGCGCCCCCGAGAUUAUGCUCAGCUUCCAGAACUACACCAAAGCGAUCGACGUCUGGUCGGUAGGCUGCAUCCUGGCGGAGCUCCUGGGCGGGCGCCCCUUCUUCAAGGGCCGCGACUACGUGGACCAGCUCAACCAGAUCCUGCACAUCCUGGGGACGCCCAACGAGGAGACGCUGUCGCGGAUCGGGUCGCCGCGGGCGCAGGAGUACGUGCGCAACCUGCCGUACAUGGCCAAGAAGUCGUUCCCCUCGCUCUUCGCCAACGCCAACCCGGACGCGCUCGACCUGCUCGACCGCAUGCUCGCCUUCGACCCCACCCGCCGCAUCUCGGUCGAGGAGGCCCUCGAGCACCCCUACCUGUCCAUCUGGCACGACGCCUCCGACGAGCCCGACUGCCCCGUCACCUUCAACUUCGACUUCGAGAUCGUCGACGAGGUCGCCGAGAUGCGCAAGAUGAUCCUCGACGAGGUCUUCCGCUUCCGCCAGCUCGUCCGCACCGUCCCCGGCGCCGGUGGCCAGGGGGGCGCCCAGCCCGCCCCGCAGGUGCCCCUGCCUGCCGGCGGCAACCACCAGUGGAAGGCCGAGGAUCCGCGGCCCCAGGAGUAUGGCGUCAUGCAGGGUCUCGAGGCGGAGUUGGGCGGUAGGUGA